AUGCUGGAACUGCUCCAGUUGUACGCGGACCGUGUUCCUGCUGAAAUACAGCACCUGGUCCUUGGAGAUGAGGUUCUCAUCUUAUACCCGUCAGCGGACUCUGUCAUCAUGCUGAAUGCACGAACUCAACGUCUGGUACGAAUGGUGGCUUUCUGGGAAGUAUUUCCCGGACAACUGCACGCCUCGGAUUCCAUUACUUGUAUAUCUGUGGAUCCCGCGAUGAAGCUCUUGAUCGCUGCAAUGAACACCCGCAUAGCUGUAUGGUCCCCCUUAGGAUCUCGGAACGAUACUUGGAGGGUGCACUCUUCUCUCACUCAUCCAGAAGCGCACAAAAUAACGACCACGGACAUUCGCUCCGGACUGCUGGCUGUCGGUUGCGAACAGAGCCUGUCGGUGUAUACGUUGAUCAUGGAGAAUGACAUGCUCAAAUGGUCACAAAAGUGGUUAACACCUGCCGCCGACCCAUCGCUUGUACGAUUUGCUCCUUCGCUCAUGUAUAUGGCCACUGCUUGUAAAGUUGAUAAUGCUGUACGAAUAUACUCAACCACUACAGGCCGUCAAACACAAACGAUCCCCCACCCAAGACCAGUAACAGACAUGAUUUGGAGGCACUCACAAGCGUCAAGUCGCGAUGACCUAAUUCUCUACACUAUCACCUCAGACUCUACACUGCGCGUAUUCUUCCCGGUCCUAGACGCACCUCAAUAUCUCCAACUACAUGCUUCAAUAGACCUCUACACAUCGAUACCCUUCUCUGUUGCAUGCCAAUACCCCCAUCCUUCGACUUCCAAGAUAUUCUGGCUGGAUACAGAGAUCAUGGGAAAGGCGUUAGCGACACUUCUGAAUGAUAUGCCUCAACACGAGGAAGAUGCACGGUAUCGGCGGCUACAAGAUAUUAAGGAUGAAGGAUGGGAUCUAUUCCUCCGCAUUCUUGAAGAUGGCUCCAUCAUAAUUACUGCGGUGGCGAAUAUAGAUCGUAGGCCGCCCACACUCCUCCGACACUUUACUCUCCAGCAGUCACCUCCCGCAAUGCUACCCCCUCAGAUUUCAUAUCUGACGCUCUUACCACAUCCAAAGAUCACAUCUCAACUACAACUCAUUGUAGCACACCCAUUGAUGACAUUCUCGUUAUCUCCAUUAUCCUUCUUCGAUGCGCAUGCACAUGGUCUAAAGCUAGAAUCAUCAGCUUCGUAUGUUGGGGAGGAGGUGAAUGAAUCGCGUGGAGAAAUUGCGAAACUUGUUCGUACUCCAGAGGGUCAAGGGGUAGGGGUUUUGCGAGCUUCAGGGGGUGGAGAGUCCUGGAGGCUUUCCGAAGGUGGCAGGCGAUUGUCAAAGAAGGCAACAUGGACAAAAGCGGACUAUGUUGUGGUCUUGCAUUCAGCCAAAACGUUCGCCACAUACAACUCGUCGGAAUCCACGCUUACUCUUCACUGUGAACCACCCAGCGUGCUGUAUGAUCUUCCGUGCAUCACGUCCCUGUUUACCAUGCCCUCUGAGAACGGCGGGGAGACUAUCUUCGCCAUAGCAUCCGACUCUUCUAUCCUUCACAUCUUCCUUGGAUCAAGUGACUGCCCUCAGCUACGGCUCGCCUCCCGCACGAUACUUCCACUCACACUACCCCCAAAUAUGAUUCUCCCCGUGGAUCCCAUGGCAUGGGGAUUAACACCUCACAAAGGCAAAGACUGGAUCAAGCGGGACGCGCUGCUCAGCAUAUCGUCUUGCGGAGAGCUCGCCUUCUGGGUUACGGAUGUAGUAACGGACACCGAGGAUGAGACUUGGAAAUGCACGGGCAAGGUCCGGACGGGGAGGUCGAAUAUAAGGACGGCGAGGUGUAGCUCUGCUAAGAAGUCCGCGCUUGUCGUACCCACGUCCGAGGGUGGUGAAGAACUGACUAUCUGGGACUCACACGAGUCUGAAUUUGCUUCAGGGCUUGAGUAUUCCGGGCAUUUUACUACUCCCGUGAAUGAUCUGGAUUGGUCUUCCACGCCGGAUGCACAAUCUAUUCUGGCUGUAGGGUUCUUGGAUCAUGUUGAUAUCUAUUAUCAGCAGCGGAUGACCUACUUCGACGACGCGCCUGGAUGGGCGAUAUGCCACAGAAUAGACCUCAGCGGUAUGACCCCAUACCCGAUCUCAGAUUCCAUAUGGCUUUCGAACGGUUCACUGCUGGUUGCAACUGGUCGGCAUAUGCUUUUGUACAGCCAACCGAAGCCGGAAGUCACAUCGGAGAGCCUGUUUGAAUAUGUCGCGCGAAAUAAUGGACCACUUGUGGACCAUCAUCCCCAGAUGGUGCUGCAGUGUUUGUUAUGGGGGAAAGUCGACAUAGUGAAGGACAUUAUUGUCAACCUCGCCAAAGAUAUUGCAUCCAUCAAUUCAAAGACGAAACAAAUUGGUGAUGGGUGGACUACCCUUACCGUUGAGAGAUUUCUUGAGAAGGAUGAAAACGCGAGUACGCGUUCGGUGACACAACGCAAGCCUGGAUACUCGUUCCUCUUCAACGAGGCCGUCGAAAAGCAUGAAGAUCCAAACGAGGAAGGUUUCUCCCGUCCACUUGUGUUGCAACUGCUCGAGUCUCUCGAGAACAACCCUUUACCACAUUUGACUGCGAACGAAAAUGCUCAUCUCCUCGUCCUGAUUCAAGUCACUCUGGAGGUAGAUGAACAAAAACGUGCUCUGGAUGCUAACGGUCUUCGAUAUCUAACCACAAUGAGAUCAUUCUACAUUUUGAACCGACGAGCCUCUGAACCCAAUUCUCCUGCUUCGGACAAAGCCUCCGGAAUAUCUCGCCGAAGAAUGCGUCGUAGAGAACGUCUGCGUUUCCGGGACAUGAUCUGGGCAUUCCACAGCGAGAGUCAAGACCUCCUUUUAAACGCUUCGACUGCAGCAUGCAAUGGGAAGAUGUGUUGGUCAGAUGCCAGGGCACUUGGGAUCGCUCUAUGGUUAAAUUCGAUCGACACACUGAAAGCUCAAGUGGAGACGAUCGGACGUAACGAGUAUAUGGCUGGCGACAAUCGGGAUCCGACCGCUUGCUCGCUCUUCUACUUCGCUCUUGGUAAGGUUAAGCUCGUUCACGGGUUGUGGAGACAGGCGGCCUGGCAUAAGGAACAAGCGGUCAUGCUGAAGUUUCUUUCGAAUGAUUUUUCGGAGCCUCGAUGGCGAACGGCGGCCCUGAAGAAUGCAUACGCCCUUCUCGGAAAGCAACGCUUCGACUACGCUGCUGCCUUCUUCCUACUUGGAGGAUGUCUCAAAGAUGCUGUCAGCGUCUGUUUGAAACAGCUCGACGAUUUCCAGCUAGCCAUUGCCCUUGCUCGUAUCGGAGAACAGAGUAAUGAUGGACCAAUAUUGCUUUCCAUACUAAACAAUACAGUCCUACCAAUCGCUUUUGAAAAAGGCAACCGUUGGCUUGCUAGCUGGGCCUUUUGGUUGCUGCAUCGGAGAGAUUUGGCAGUGCGCAUCUUGGUUACACCGCUGGAAGACAUAAUUUCUAGUCUGGAUAUCCAAGUUACGGAAAUCGGAGAGCCCCACUACGAUGACACUAGUUUGGCUCUUCUCUUCUCACAACUACGAUCCAAGACACUUCAAGCAGCGCAAGGAACGAGCGAAAUUUCAAGUCGAUCUGAGUUCAACUUCGUCCUGCAAAUAGCUCGAGUAUUCUGUCGAAUGGGAUGCCAUGUUCUAGGGCUUGAUCUUGUCCGCUCCUGGUCAUUUGAAAGACCAUCUACUAUCAUCCGGGAAGCGCCUAUGUCCUCUAUGCGGGAUGAAGAAAGGGCAUCUCGACAUUCCAUGUUCGCCUUGGAGCCCGCAAUGCGCAGGAGAUCUUCAAUCAUCAUCGACAUGGACAUUCCCUCACUUCCCCCAACUCGGUCCGCAUCGCCCAGUCGCCGUGCCCCUUCGAUGGAGCCCACUAUCCCAGAAGAACCGAUACCAAUAAAAGACGAAGGCGACUUCCUCGCACGCAAAGCAGGCCUAGGAAGCCUGAUGAAGUCCGCCAAACACGAUGUCCAAGUUCCUGAGUUCGACAUGGGCGCCUUCUUCUGA